AGCUGUGCUGAUCUGAAGCAAGGAGCUUCCUCUGGGUCUUUUGGUGCAGGGCCCAAGCAUUUGGGCCAUCUUUUACUGCUUUCCCAGGCCACAGCAGACAGCUGGAUCGGAAGUGGAGCAGCCAGGACUCGAACCAGUGCCCAUAUGGGAUGCUGGCACUGGAGGUGCCAGCCCUGAACUCGUUCAGUUUUAAAGGGGCAGGUUAGGUGGGAGGUAAUAAAGGUUUAAAUCGGGCAUUAGGAACUGGGCACAUAGGGAGAUGGUAUUUGGACUCCUGCUAGUGGACACAGGCCACUGGGUUGCUGACAGGUCAAUGAAGACUCCUGCCAGCCGGGCCCUUUCUAUCUCAGCUGGUCCUUGUGAUCGCGAAAAUUUCACCCAUUCGUUACCCUACUGUGAAGCUGGUUCCUCUGGCGGGAAACUGAGGUUUUGACAACGCCGCAGGGCGCGUAAGGUUCAGUGCUGCCCUCCCAAGAUGCCACUCUCAGACUUUAUCGUGGCCCUGAAGGACAAUCCCUACUUUGGGGCUGGCUUUGGGCUGGUGGGUGUGGGCACAGCCCUGGCCCUGGCCCGAAAGGGUGCCCAGCUGGGCCUGGUGGCGUUCCGGCGUCACUACAUGAUCACGCUGGAAGUCCCGGCUCGCGACAGGAGCUAUGCCUGGCUGCUCAGCUGGCUCACCCGCCACAGUACCCGAACUCAGCACCUCAGCGUUGAGACGUCGUACCUUCAGCACGAGAGCGGCCGCAUCUCCACCAAGUUCGAAUUUGUCCCCAGCCCUGGGAACCACUUCAUCUGGUAUCAGGGGAAAUGGAUCCGGGUAGAAAGAAGUCGGGAGAUGCAAAUGAUAGAUUUGCAGACGGGGACUCCCUGGGAAUCCGUCACCUUCACAGCCCUGGGCACCGACCGCAAGGUUUUCUUCAACAUCUUGGAGGAAGCCCGAGAGCUAGCCUUGCAGCAGGAGGAAGGGAAGACGGUGAUGUACACAGCUGUGGGCUCCGAAUGGCGCCCCUUUGGCUAUCCACGCCGCCGCCGGCCCCUGAGUUCUGUGGUUCUACAACAAGGUCUGGCUGACCGAAUCGUCAGAGAUGUCCGGGAAUUCAUUGAGCACCCCCAGUGGUACACGGAUAGAGGCAUUCCCUACAGACGUGGCUACCUGCUUUAUGGCCCUCCUGGUUGUGGAAAGAGCAGUUUUAUCACAGCCCUGGCUGGGGAGCUGGAGCAUAGCAUCUGCCUGCUGAGUCUCACGGACCCCAGCCUCUCCGACGACCGGCUCAACCACCUGCUGAGCGUGGCCCCGCAGCAGAGCCUGGUGCUCCUGGAGGAUGUGGACGCGGCCUUCCUCAGCCGGGACCUGGCCGCAGAGAACCCAGUCAAGUACCAAGGCCUAGGCCGCCUCACCUUUAGCGGACUUCUCAAUGCCUUGGAUGGCGUGGCUUCCACUGAGGCACGCAUUGUGUUCAUGACCACCAACCACGUUGACAGACUGGACCCUGCCCUCAUCCGCCCUGGACGAGUCGACCUGAAGGAGUACGUGGGCUACUGCUCACACUGGCAGCUGACCCAGAUGUUCCAGAGGUUCUAUCCAGGGCAAGCACCUUCCUUGGCCGAGACCUUUGCAGAACGUGUCCUUAAGGCUACAAACGAGAUCAGCCCUGCCCAGGUACAAGGCUACUUCAUGCUGCAUAAAAACGAUCCUACAGGGGCGAUCCACAACACUGAGACCCUGAGGUGACUGAGAGGCGGUGUGCAGCUCUGCCCAGCCAGGACUCCAAUAAACACGGCCCACACUC